AUGGCGUCGUCGCCGGCUGCUCCUCCCCAUGGCGAGGGCGCGCUGAGCGCCGGCGCCGUGUGCUGCAUGUGCGGCGACCACGGCCUGGCGGGCGAGCUGUUCCGGUGCAGGUGCUGCCGCGCCCGGCUGCAGCACAGGUACUGCAGCGACCUGUACCCGAGGGCGGCCGCGUACAGGCGCUGCAACUGGUGCCUGCGGGCGCCCGACCAACAACAGGGCGGCCGAGCUGCCGCUGCUGCGGCGGCGGUGGCGGCUGACAACAACGAGCCCGAGGAGAAGCGGAAGACGACCGCGUCGGCGUCGGACGAGGAGCGGCGGCAGCUCCGCGAGGGGUGCUCCCCGAGGAGGAGGUCGCGGUCGCCGACCGCGGAGCUCGGACACCACCCGGUGAAGAAGAAGCACAGGGCCGAGGAGAAGACGACGACGCCGCAGCCGGUGGCGGCCGCGGGGAAGAAGGAGGUUGUUAGCACUGGUGCCGGCGGCGGCAGCAAGGACGAGGAGGUGAUGCGGGCGGGGACGAAGGCGCGGGUGAACAGGGUCAGGGUGCGGCGGUACAAGCUCCUCACUGAGGUCAUCAGCUGCUAA